UUGGUGGAAGUUUGUGGAGAAAAGGCCAACAAGAAUUAAUUUUGACGUCAAAAUGGCAGCUGUGAUUAAUACACAUCGGACCUACCUACGCAUUCCCAGGACAUCAGUUCACCCUGUGGAGGAUGAGGUUGAACAGAUGGAGAAUGGACAAAGCAGGAAUCAACCCCUUGCUUCUGAUGUGGAGAUGUCCAACAUUAACAACUGUAACAACAAUGAUGAAGAAAAAGAAAAAAAGAAAGAAUCCAAAAAGAAUAAGAAAGAAAAUAAAGGUAAAUCUGAUGGCAAAAAAGAGAAGAAAAAGGACAAAGAGAAGAAAAAGGACAAAGAGAAGAAUAAAGAAAAAGAGGAAGAAAAGGGGAAGGGAGAGGAAAAAGAUGGCAAGAAAGAUGAAAAGAAAGAUGAUAAGAAAGAUGAAAAGAAAGGCAAGAUACAAUGGGCAAAAAUGUUACCCUUUCUGGACCCUGCAGGAAACUUGUAUUACAACUGGCUCCUGAUAAUUACAAUGCCAGUAAUGUACAACUGGACAAUGCUCAUAGCGAGAGCAUGCUUUGAAGAACUUCAAGCAGAUUACUUGCUCAUGUGGUUCAUCCUUGAUUAUCUAUCAGAUGUCAUUUACAUAAUUGACAUGUAUUUAAGGACAAGAACAGGUUAUUUGGAACAGGGACUAUUAGUCAAUGAUGAAAAGAAACUCAGAGAAAGAUAUUUUGCUACGCUGCAGUUCAAAUUAGAUGUUUUCUCACUCCUACCAACUGACUUUCUAUAUUUCAUUUUGGGACUAAAAUAUCCUGAAAUCAGAUUAAAUCGUUUGACUAGGAUUGGUCGAAUGUUUGAGUUUGUAUCAAGAACUGAAACAAGGACAAACUACCCAAACAUUUUCAGGAUAUCCAAUCUUGUCAUGUACAUUGUAAUUAUUAUCCAUUGGAAUGCUUGUGUGUACUAUUCAAUUUCAAAGGCUAUAGGAUUUGGAGCGGACACAUGGGUAUAUCCAAAUGUAUCUAUUCCAGAAUUUUCUCGGCUUGCUAGGAAGUAUGUAUACAGUCUCUAUUGGUCAACACUGACACUAACCACCAUUGGAGAAACCCCUCCUCCUGUCCAGGAUUCAGAAUACUUCUUUGUGGUGGCCGAUUUCUUGGUAGGAGUGUUGAUUUUUGCUACCAUCGUUGGUAAUGUUGGUUCCAUGAUUUCCAAUAUGAAUGCAGCUCGUGCAGAGUUUCAAUCAAGGAUUGAUGCCAUCAAACAGUACAUGCACUUUCGAAAAGUGAGCAAGGAUUUGGAGAAGAGAGUUAUCAAAUGGUUUGACUACUUGUGGACAAACAAAAAAGCUGUAGAUGAAAGAGAGGUCUUAAAGUAUCUUCCAGAUAAGCUAAGAGCAGAGAUUGCCAUCAAUGUCCAUUUGGAUACACUGAAGAAAGUUCGCAUCUUUGCAGAUUGUGAAGCUGGUCUGCUGGUUGAGUUAGUAUUGAAGCUAAGGCCACAAGUGUAUAGCCCUGACGAUUACAUUUGUCGCAAAGGAGACAUUGGUAGAGAGAUGUACAUCAUCAAAGAAGGGAAGCUGGCGGUUGUUGCUGAUGAUGGAAUUACUCAGUUUGUGGUUCUGAGUGAUGGCAGCUACUUCGGUGAAAUUAGUAUCCUGAACAUCAAAGGUAGCAAAGCUGGAAAUAGAAGAACUGCAAACAUCAAGAGUAUAGGCUACUCAGAUUUGUUCUGUCUCUCGAAAGAUGAUCUCAUGGAAGCCCUCACGGAGUACCCGGAUGCAAAAGCAAUGCUGGAGGAAAAGGGGAGACAAAUUCUAAUGAAGGAUGGUCUUCUGGAUCUGGAUAUUGCCCAGCUUGGAGCUGAUCCAAAGGAUUUAGAGGAGAAAGUAACCAGGCUGGACCAAGCAAUUGAUAAUCUACAGACUAAAUUUGCUCGACUUCUGGCAGAGUACAGUGCUGCACAACAGAAGCUAAAAGAAAGAAUAACAAAGAUUGAGAACAAAGUUAAACAAUCUGGAAUCCAGUUUGAUUAUUCAGGACUGACAGAUGUUGAAGCAAAGGCUGAAGCUGAAGAGAGUAAAAAAGAAUAA